ACCUAGGGUUCCCUCUACAACAACAAAAAGAAGGUGUGCGGCAGUGAUUUGCAGACAACAAUUUCUCCCGAGAUUUUUAUCAUCUCCCACCACACCCCACAACCAUGGCUCGUGGAUUGAAGAAACAUAUGAAGAGGCUUAAUGCCCCUAAGCAUUGGAUGCUUGACAAACUUGGCGGUGCAUUUGCUCCUAAGCCGUCAUCUGGUCCUCACAAAUCUAGGGAAUGCUUGCCUUUGAUUCUCAUUUUGAGGAAUAGGUUGAAGUAUGCGUUGACAUACCGUGAGGUUCAGUCUAUCUUGAUGCAACGCCAUGUACUUGUUGAUAACAAGGUCAGGACAGACAAGACUUACCCUGCUGGUUUCAUGGAUGUUGUAAGUAUUCCCAAGACCAAUGAAAGCUUCAGGCUUCUGUAUGACACCAAAGGUAGAUUCAGACUCCACUCGAUCAGGGAUGAGGAGUCAAAGUUUAAGCUAUGCAAGGUUCGUUCAGUCCAGUUUGGGUCAAAGGGCAUCCCCUACAUCAACACCUAUGAUGGUCGUACUAUCAGAUACCCAGACCCUCUCAUCAAGGCCAAUGACACCAUCAAGCUCGACUUAGAAUCAAACAAGAUUGUUGAUUUCAUCAAGUUUGAUGUUGGAAAUGUCGUUAUGGUGACUGGUGGAAGGAACACAGGUCGUGUCGGUAUCCUUAAAAACAGGGAAAAGCAUAAGGGCAGCUUUGAGACUGUUCACAUCCAAGAUGCCACUGGCCACGAGUUUGCUACUCGUUUGGGCAAUGUCUUCACUCUUGGAAAAGGUUCAAAGCCUUGGGUGUCUCUUCCUAAGGGCAAGGGUAUCAAGCUAACCAUCAUUGAAGAAGCUAGGAAAAGGCGACUCGCCCAAGAAGCUGCUGCUUAGAUUGAUUUGGUCUAUUUUGUGUCUUUUUCUUUCUUGCAAACUGAUGGUAAGUUUUUUUCCCGCGUUCAUUUUAGUGAAAUUUUGAACCCUAUGUAUUGCUGUUACGUAUCUGUAAGACAUUUUAAUUAUGUUAGUUUGGUCAUGGAAUGGUAAACUUUGAUGGUAAGAAUACUAUGUAAACUGGGAUUGUUGAUUAGAACCAAAUACGACCAUAUUCAGCUA